ACAACAACGUUCGUUCGUGGUUUCUCAUGAUUUUUGAGACAGUGGCUGCACCUGCACAACCCCACGUGCUAGGUUCCUUCGUUUCUUCAUCGCCCCCUCUUUUCUCGAUCAUAAACAACCAACAACAAUCUCGUGGAGGUUUAGGGUUUUCAUCUUCUUCAUCACACCAUUUUUUUGCUUGAUUGAUUCAACGGCAUCAUGUCUAAGAGGGUUCUCUGUAAGUUCUUUGCUCAUGGAGCAUGUCUGAAAGGGGAGCAUUGUGAAUUUUCGCAUGACUGGAAAGAUCCUCCAAACAAUAUAUGCACAUAUUAUCAGAAAGGAGUCUGUGCUUAUGGUAGUCGAUGCAGAUAUGAUCAUGUCAAAGCUUCUCAAGCACAGUCCUCUGCUCCAAGUUCUUCAGUAGUCGAACACCAGCCCCUUGUUUCUGGUUCUUUUGUGUUUGGUAAUCCAAGAAUUUCAUCAAAUGGUGUUGCUGCAGCUGCGGAGUCUUCUCUUUCUAAGAGUCCUUACAUUCACACCAGUAAACCAGCCUGGAACCAAGAAUCUAAUUAUCAUGAUUUAUUAGGGGAAGAUGAUGUUGAUGUUGGCCAACCUAUAACUACUUUACCUUCUGAGCUUUCAAUAUGCUCAUUUGCUGCUGUUGGCAACUGUCCAAGAGGGGAAAAGUGUCCUCAUAUUCAUGGGGAUCUAUGUCCCACUUGUGGGAAGCAUUGCUUGCAUCCUUUCCGACCUGAGGAAAGAGAAGAACAUAUCAAGAGUUGUGAAGAUAAGCAAAAGCAUCUUGAGGCAUUGAAACGGAGUCAAGAAAUUGAAUGCAGUGUAUGCCUGGAGCGUGUUCUUUCAAAGCCUACAGCAGCUGAACGUAAGUUUGGGCUGCUAUCUGAAUGUGAUCAUCCAUUCUGCAUAUCCUGUAUUAGGAAUUGGCGUAAUAGUAACCCAACAUUGGGGAUGGACGUUAAUGGCACAUUGAGGGCUUGUCCUAUCUGUCGCAAGCUAUCUUACUUUGUUGUUCCAAGUGUUAUUUGGUACUCUACAAGUGAAGAGAAACAGGAAAUUGUUGAUACCUACAAGGCAAAGCUCAAGUCAAUUGACUGCAAGCAUUUUGACUUUGGGGAUGGGAAUUGCCCUUUUGGAACUAGUUGUUUCUACAAGCAUGCAUAUCGAGAUGGCCGUCUUGAGCAGGUAGUUUUGAGACAUCUUGGAGCAGCAGAUGGCGAUACUGUAAUUGCCAAAGAGAUCAGGUUGUCGGAUUUCCUUGCUAACAUGCAUUUAAGAUAAAGGUGAUGUUCAUACAUUCUGAUGAUACUUGCAUAAAAUAGCCUGCCUCAAUGUCUCAAGUUAUUUUUAUAUUGCAAGUCAAGCUUCUCUUCUUGUUUCUAUGAGGUGCCAGAAAGAAAAAGCUGCUGCGCUGUGCAUUCAGUUGUUGUAAUAAUAAUGUGCAUUUGUUAAGUGAUAGAUAGACAUUAUAUGCUUGUACAAGGCUAUAAUCUCCAAUAAGCUCUAAUUUUUAAAGCUUAUUAGAAGAAGUAUGGAUUGAUGGUUAGUAUGGCCACAGUGCACUUUAAAAAGCAUUUUUCUGGCUGGCGGAUUUCAAAUUUACAUGUAAAAGUUUUCCUGUUAGCAUUACUGAGAUGUUAAACAUAGGCCAGUUAAUUGUAUACUGGAUUUUUUGCUGGGUGAUAUUACACCAAGAGCCUUGGGAAAGGGUUCAGCAAAUGUAUGGAUUUUUGUAAUAAUUACUUACAGAAACUUCCCAGAGUCCUUUGGGGGCUUAUACAACUGAUAGUCUUUGUUUG